GCGGCGGCCGAGCCCGCCGAGUUCAUCCGGCGCGCGCACGAGUUCAAGAGCCAAGGGGCGCAGUGCUACAAGGACAAGAAAUUCCGCGAAGCCAUCGGCAAAUAUCACCGGGCGUUGCUGGAGCUGAAGGGGCUGCUGCCCGUCCCCGGGGAACAGGAGCGGGACUCGCGCGCGGCCUCCCGGGCCGGGGCCCCCAACCCCGGCCGCCUCUCGGAGGAGCAGAGCAAGACCGUGGAAGCCAUCGAGAUCGACUGCUACAACAGCCUGGCAGCCUGCCUGCUCCAGGCUGAGCUGGUAAACUAUGAACGAGUCAAGGAGUAUUGCCUCAAAGUCCUGAAGAAGGAAGGGGAGAACUUCAAGGCCCUUUAUCGGUCUGGUGUGGCCUUCUACCACCUUGGAGACUAUGACAAAGCACUCUACUACCUGAAAGAAGCAAGGACCCGACAGCCAACAGACACCAACGUGAUUCGGUAUAUCCAACUGACAGAAAUGAAGCUCAGCAGAUGCUCCCAGAGAGAGAAGGAAGCCAUGUGACUACAACACCUCUCUAGAGUUGCACCUGCGCCUGACCCGGGACUUCCAGACACUCCCUGGUGGAGAACCCCACCCUGAGUUCUGGUCCUUUCUCCCACUUUUUCCAUCAUCCCCCUCCCGCCUCUUCCUCCUGUUGCCCCUUCACUCUGUCUACUCCCAGUGUGAAAAGGAGAGAUGCAAAUUUGGAAUCUGUUGGGUUGCCCCAUCAACAGAAAUAUCCUCUUCUCUAGUAGGU